AUAUUUUUACAAUCGGUAUGGCAAACCUGGAAUCCCCUAUUCCCCUGUCCGAUAUAGAGAGUGUGCUGGCCUGGGUGGAUACAUACAAGCUGUCCAGGCCGAGUAAGAAGAUAAACAGGGAUUUCUCUGAUGCUGUCCUCCUGGCGGAAAUCCUCAACGCCCACUACCCGAAGCUGGUGGAUAUGCACAACUACCCUCCACGGAACAGCCAAGCACUCAAGCUGAACAACUGGCUGACCCUCAACAGAAAGGUGUUGCGGAAACUCAAGCUGAAUCUCUGUAGCAGCACCAUGGAACAGCUCAGUAAUAGCUGCAGCGGGGUUAUAGAACGAGUGCUGCUUAUGGUCCGUGACAAGAUCCAUCGCGAUGAGGAGAUGAACAGGAGUAACAGGGAGAUGGAGCAGAACGUCUCCAGCGGCGGAAGCUACUAUGAGGCCUGUGGGGAUGACGAAAAUGUACUCAUCGUUCCUCUGAAGACCAGAGUCAACGGAGUUCUAGAAGUAAUACAGAAGAAGGUUGUCAGUCACGAGUCGUAUUUGGCGAUGAAAGAAGAAUUGAAAGAUAUAAAAGAAACGGCAGAAACGCUGAAACAGAAGGUCGAACAUCUAGACAAUCUUCUUAAACUCAAAGAAGAGAGGAUAGAAGAACUACAGCAGCAGUUGGAGAGGAAGCAGGCUAAACGCAAAGAGAUAGAAGCGCUGCAGAACAGCUUAGGAGUGCCGUACGAGGAACCACCUUCACCACAGAUAGAGAGAAAGAAAGAAGAGUCUAAAAUACCGGUGCCUAUCGAUUCGAGGUUCAGACACGUUGAGAAGGAGGUGGACAAGGUAGAAAAAGUUAAAUUCGAUCCACCAAAAACGGACACAGUAGAUACACCUGAAUAUAGCGAAGUAUACAAUAUGAACAUAGAAGACGCCAUCAAUAAAGAAGCAAAUGAAAUAUACACAACGAAUUUUGUACUCGAUUUACACAAUAAUGUUAGAAAUUAAAGUUUUUAAGGUUAU